ACACUUUAUUAAACAGUACCAAUUGGUCUCUCCACCUACUUCCAGCUCCCCGCCAUUGCUGCUGCUCUCUUCAUUUCUCACACAAUGGCAAUCGCCUCCAAUUCCAUCGUCUCUUUCGCUCACCGCUCACUGAGUCAGCCCGGAACGCAUUCCCACCCUCUCCUUUCCUCUUUUGUUUCUUUGCCCCCGUCUCCUUCACUCUCUCUAAAACUCACCCACCACUCCAUCUCGCCACUUCACUGCUCUUCAAAUGUACCCGACACCACUGAAAAUGGCAACCCCAUCGAAACAAGGUACCCAGCUUUUCCUACUGUGAUGGACAUCGAUAUGAUAAGAGAGAUAUUACCCCACAGGUUUCCAUUUUUGCUGGUGGAUAGAGUGGUAGAAUAUAAUCCGGGGGUAUCAGCUGUUGGUAUAAAGAAUGUGAGUAUAAAUGAUAACUUUUUCCCUGGACACUUCCCUGAGAGGCCUAUAAUGCCUGGUGUUCUCAUGGUUGAGGCAAUGGCACAAGUCGGAGGUGUGAUUAUUAUGCAACCUGAAGUGGGAGGUUCACAAGAAAAGUUUUAUUUUGCUGGAAUCGACAAAGUGAGGUUUAGGAAACCUGUCAUUCCAGGAGAUACUUUGGUCAUGAAGAUGACACUUAUCAAACUCCAGAAGCGGUUCGGAAUAGCAAAAUUGGAAGGGAAAGCAUACGUUGGAGGUGACUUGGUAUGUGAGGGUGAGUUCCUGAUGGCUACUGGUAGUAAUUGAUAAGACUCGAUAUUUAUCCAUAUGUUUCCUCCAAUUUUCCGUAAAUUAUUGAAACAUGGUCAGCUCGAGGCUUUUAUUCUAUAUUGAUCCC